UAAAAGCAACAAUCAUAACUUUUAGUUGAGAUUGUAUAAUGCAUCAUUUUUUGUGAUUGUUGGUGGGACCUACAUUUUGGCACUUCCAAACAUUGUAUGGUGCACAAUACAUAUAUUCAACAAUCACAACUCUAACAAUCACAACUUCCAGACGACCUCUAAGUAUUUUGAUGGGAGGAAAUCAUUCAAGGAUACGUGAUAUUAGGUUCACUUUAGGAUUGGUAUCUUGUCAAUUAUUAUGCGACUGAUUUCUUGUCGUUACAAUCAUGUUUUCUUUUGGUUAUAUUGUUAGAUUAUGGUCCACUAGAUGCUUAGGUUUUGUUCUUCCACUCACAAGAGUUUUUAAAAUUUAAGUUAAUAUUCAAUCGAAAGAGGAAAGAACCGUCAAAUAGGGUUGCACAAGACAAGAGUCAAUAUAUCUAAUAUCAUGAUGAAAAAAGAAGGAUCAUCAUAAAAAGGUUAAAUAAUUAACUAAAAACAAUUAAUCUCUUAAUGCAUUGGAUAUGUGGAGAGUUUCCGUUCCUUAAAGGUAAUAACUUUUACGGAAAGAAUGAGACUGACGUAUUGAUGUCUUGUAACUGGUAACUCUAUAUGUAAAAAGGGAAGCUACACAGAUGUCUCGGCGUCAAGUUGGAUGAUGAUUAUUGACUAGUCUUUGGCUAGCCUCCCACCUAAUUCGAGUCAUCUUUUUAGUUUUUACAAUCCGUAGUUUUUGCUUUGUUGUUAAUCAGUGUACAACUUCUCGUGUACAUUUUAAAUGCUCUCAAUAAGUGAUCGUGCGUGUUCGUUAUUACAAACCCCAUGCAGCAAGACCCAAAUGUAAAGGAGUGAGAAUCCGAAUUGAUUGUGAUCCACCCUUAUUGAGUCACCGAUCUCUACUUUACGACCACAUCUUAGUGCAACCUCAAUUUAUCUCUAAUGAUAUGAGUGAAAACGCCAAUGUUUUUUUUUUUAUAAGGGUGAACUGAUUUUAUUAAUUGGACAGGAGAAAUUCAUAUAAAUUUUAUUCAGAAAAGUCAAUAUAAAAGCUGGUUUAAGCAAGUUUGGAGAAUUGCUGGACCAACAUUUGGAUUAGUUUUAGUUGUGCAAUCUCCACCGGUAUACUCAUUGGAAGAAAUUAAACCACAAAUUGCAGACGGCCAAAAGGUUAACUCGCAAGAACACAUCACUGUUGAGAGCCCACCAUCCUCUCUCACUUUCCUCUUCCCUUCAUUUCUUCAUCACAAACAAACGUCAGGCCGGUCUAGCUCACACUUCCCCAUUUUGCUCUUAUCUUUUAUUUCCCAAUUUCCAUUUCGAUUUCUUGCUGUUCUCCAACAGUUUCCCUCCACCUUCCUCUUCCUUAUCCUCCCAACUCCUCUCUUUCUUCUCUGCCCGCCAUCUAAUUCUGGACUGAAGUGGAAUCGAGCUCAAAAGCUCAAUCCUUUACUCUUCCCAGCAGCCCCACGGAGCUCCUCGAGCUCCUCCCCGUUAUGUGGGUUGGUCAUCUUCUGCGAUUUGAUUGUGUGGGCGAAGAAGGGUUUCGUUGAGCUUUGAGGAAAGGGUUGCAAGUUUAGAGCUUUGAAUCCAAUACUAUCUCUGCUGUAGCAAGUGGGUAUUUUUUAAAUUGCAAUGCCAGUUCUUCGAGCAAUCAAGCGAAGGAAUAUACCUGAGUCUUUAAAUGGGCGGCAGCUAGGAAUGGAAUCAUGGUUUUAGUCUGGAGCUGACUUGAAUCCAGUUCCCUGACAAUUCUUGAAGAUUGAGUUUUUGCGCGUAAAGUUUGCAGAAUUCUUUGGGUUGAUUUCCUAAGUCCUUUAUGGGCAGGUCUGGGUUAGUGAUAUCUUCAUUUGUUUCUUCCUUAGUUUUGGUCGCCAUAUGUUGAAACUACUAGCGAUGUCCUCAGUAUGUUUAGAUCAUUAUCAACAAAGAUUGACAUGGAGAGAUUAAUUUCAUUAAGAGUAAUUGUCACCAUAUUGAGCCAAUUGUUAGCUCUACAGUUUCAACAGGCAUCUGCCUAUGGGCAUAAUGAGAUUCAAUCAAGGGUUUGUGGUGCUGAUCGCAUUUCCUAUUCAAAUAGUGUGGGUGGUGAAGGUUUCCUCAUUAAUGGAAGUGUUGUAGACUUAGAUUCACUAUGCAAGGCCCUCCAUUUUCACAUUGCGAGCGGCUGCAUCUCUGCCGAAGACUACUUUAUGAGCCUCUGUCGAUCCGAAUCCGAAUCCGAAUCCGAAUCCGAAUCCUCAUCAGGUAACCCACACCACAAGCCAGCAAGAAAGCUUCUACAAAAGGAGUUUAAGGAAGAAUCAUCCAAAGAACAGAAGGCAAAAGAUCCAAGUAAUAAUCUUUCUGCGAAGCACAUUGGGAUAAUAGCGACUGGAAUCAUUGCGAUGUGUUGUGGUGUGCUCUGCCCCUGUAUAUACAAGAGAAGGAAGGCUACUUCACACACUGUUCUUUCUAAGGAUCAAGUUUCAAUCGAUUCAGUUUCCUCCUUCGAUGCGCCACCCUCUGUUCAUGAUAAAGUGCCUGCUAGUCCACUUCGUGUGCCCCCAAGUCCUUCUAGAUUCUCACCGUCCCCUAAACUUUCUAGACUUGGGUCGGUUCAUCUGAACCCGAGUCAAGUCACCAGAGCUACACGUAAUUUCUCUCAGUCACUGAAGCUAGGUGAAGGAGGCUUUGGAACCGUGUACAAAGCCCACCUGGAUGAUGGGCAGAUAGUUGCCAUAAAAAGAGCUAAAAAGGAACAUUUUGAGAACUUGCAAACAGAAUUCCUCAGCGAAGUUGAUCUUCUGGCAAAAAUUGAUCACCGGAAUCUGGUGAAGUUACUAGGUUUUGUCGAUAAAGGACAUGAGCGGCUUAUCAUCACAGAGUUCGUCCCGAAUGGUACCCUCAGAGAACACUUGGAUGGUCAGCGUGGAAAAAUUCUGGACUUCAAUCAACGGCUCGAGAUAGCCAUCGAUGUUGCUCAUGCUCUUACAUAUCUCCAUCUAUAUUCAGAGAAACAAAUCAUCCAUCGAGACGUGAAAUCGUCCAACAUUCUUCUAACGGAGAGCAUGAGAGCCAAAGUGGCUGACUUUGGAUUUGCGAGGUUGGGUGUGGACUCCGACCAAACUCAUAUCUCUACCAAAGUCAAAGGCACAGUGGGAUACCUCGACCCUGAAUACAUGAAGACAUACCAGCUCACCCCUAAGAGCGACGUGUAUUCAUUUGGGAUACUACUCUUAGAAAUUCUCACAGGCCGUCGUCCUGUGGAGCUAAAGAGACCUGCUCCCGAGCGAGUAACCCUUAGAUGGGCAUUCAAGAAGUACAAUGACAAUGCAGUGGUGGAGAUGGUGGAUCCUUUAAUGGAGGAUGUUGUGGAUGCGGGAAUACUGAGAAAGAUGGCGACUUUGGCCAUCAGAUGUGCAGCUCCUGUUCGUAACGAGCGGCCUGAUAUGAAAGCUGUAGGAGAAGAGUUGUGGGGGAUAAGAUCUGACUACCUCAAGAGUUCUAGAGGAGGGUAGAAAGAAAUAUCAAUCAUGUCGCGGUCAAACAUGAACCUGGAGUCGAAUCUUACAAGCAUCGUCUUUCCCUGCUGCAGAAUCCCACAUUGUAAACAGACCCUUCUUUUUUCGGACGAAGUAUAGUUUUGAUUUGUCUAAGGUUGAUUCCCAUUUUCGGGGCAUUGUAUCAUUGGCUUGAUUGAGGUCGAUACAGAAGCUUGGCUGUGUAUGGUUACGUUCUUCUUCUUAUCCUUCAAGCAAGUUCUGGCUUCUCCAUGUUUCUAGUUUGGCCAAGAACAUGCUGCAGUCAAUUCGAGCAACAUAUUCCUAAUGUUGUACCAACUUUGAUAUUGAUGAACUUGUUGCAAACGUCCAAUUGUGACUACUACUGUUAGUUAUUCCGAAUUUGAUUGUGUGCAAGUUUAUUAAAAAUCGAAAUACAGUGAUGAAUCUAAU